AUGUCGCCUAGGUCAUCCCUAGACGGCAUUGGAGAAGCUCUAGAAAUCAGCUCUAGAAAUCCGCUCUCUACAUCUCUCGGCAACGGAGACGACGCCAUCCAGACGUCUCAACGACUAUCGGGCUCAGGUUCCACAGUUUAUUCCAACUCUAACGUCGAAGACCAUAAGCGGCAUAUCGGAGGUGACAUGGGUCGUGGUGCUGGAAACGCUAUGUAUAUGCCGCAAGGUGCCAUGACUAAGCUGUUGGAGGUUGUUAAGCUUCCCUAG